GCCACCACAGUAUGGAGAUGGCUGUACUGCUGCUUCUGACUGUUCCUGUGACUGUAGCCUCACCCCUCAGAUCAACAUAUAGGUGAUUUAGCUUCUAUAACCACAACCCUCAGAGUUAGCACAGGGAGCGCUACAGACCAUAUACCACCAGACCUGGGUCAAAUAAAUAUGUAAAGUACUUUAAAAUACUGCUUGGAAGUAUUUUAGGUGCGGUUGAUUUAGCUUGGAGAUUGCACUUUUGUGACUAUUCAAUUGGUUCCAUUGUAGGCCUACUGGGCAAACUAAAUCAAACCCAGGUCAAGCAUUUGACAUAAGUAUUUGACCUAGGUCUGACAACCACACCACUCAGAGCUCCAGACAGUUUCUGUGGAAGUAAUUACACAACAAAUACAAAUUACAGAAGAGAACCACCUUUCUCAUCCUCAAUACACCAGCCUCCACUGAACAAUGGGAGAGUAAUUGAUGACAUCUGUAUCCAAAAUCACUGAUUUCACAGAAGAGCAUCUAACUUCUUCCAGACAAAACUGAGGCAAAUAAAAGAUACACCCAGACACGUGUUAUAUUCUUCCGAAUAUGACAUCAAGCAGUAGUCAAAUAAUGACUCUGGUACGAACUUGAAGAUUGCAGCCUAUAUGGUGCAUGUCAUGAUCUGUUUGAAAUAAUCUAUUUUUGGCCCCACAGGACGCAGUCUGAUACCAACCAAUCAGGGGGGCGCCUACAGACUUUGGAGGAAAACAGGAGGUUAGAGGUCAUGUCAGAAGUCAUGCAAGAUCUACACCUACCAGAACUAAAGGUCAUUCCACUUGUUCAAAUGCAAGACAUGGACGUUUUUCCAUAUAGGUAAGCUGCCUACAAGUGUUGCAUUGUAGUCUCUGACCAUGUGGCAUUGUGAGAAGGGGUUAGGGUUACUUUUUUACACAAUUAAAAAUGUAUUUCAAAUGUUAAAUUGGCAUGCUUAGGCACUCUUAAUAGGCUACACUCUCUGUUUUCAUGGUUGGAAUUUGUUUUAUACAAUACUCUCUUUCUCCCUUUCUUUCUCUCAGCAUUGGGUUGAAACUCCGUCCGAAGCGAGCUCCUCAGCGCGGGUGUCAACUUGGCACAUGUCAACUUCACAACCUGGCCAACACUUUGUACCAGAUGGGCAAGACCAACGGAAAAGAUGAGUCUAAAAAAGCCCACGACGCCCAUGGUUACGGGAGA